CAACACGCCAGAACGCAAUGUCAGACAAUGAAACCGUCGCCCAAGAUGCCAUCCCCAAGAGUGAGGCUGCCACGGCCCUGACGGCGCAGCGGAUCCGGAAGCGAGAGCUCGACCGACGCGCCCAGCGCACCGCGCGCGUCAAGACGAAGAACCGCAUCGCGUAUCUGGAGCAGCUGGUCGAGACGUUCCGCGACCAGGAUGCCCACGGGGCGAACACGUCGCUCAUCAAGCAGCUGGAAGGCGUGUCCGCUGAGAGAGAUGGGUUUAAGCGCUUUCUUCAGUCGCUGGACGACUCCAUCAGGAGCCACUUGGCCGGUACCCCUGGCACAGUAGCCUUGAACCCACCCGGCCGGCCGAGGGAUCAGAGCCUGCUUCGUCGGGAUGCGUCCGGGGACGAUUCCGCGUGUCCUGGAACGCAGAGUCUUCUCGAGCCCGCGUCCAUGGCACCUCCGGUUGACGCAAACGCGCCGCUGCUGGAGUUUGGGAGUGAGAUGGACUACUCCAUCGACGGCUCGAUAAAUCUCAAUGCUCCACCGUCCGAGAGGCCGAUAAAGACGACUGCCAAUCCCAUCAGUGGGGUCGAAAGGCCAGGAUCCAGCCCCGAAGCCGACGGGGCUAAUCUGUCGUUGGCAUCCCACCAAGUCACCGCUGUGCAAAACACACAUUGUCCGCCUGUCAUUACUCCCCCUUCAUCUUGCGCUUGUACAUCUUCUUCUUCUCGAACUCGCCGACUAGCAGACGGCACGGAAGUGAGCUUUAACAUAUGGCGGGCGGCGAACCAGGUUCUCAGCAAGCCCGCCCGGCGUUUAGAUGCUGACCGGGAAUGCGACUCCAUCAGCGACGACAUCAUCGUGAGGGCCAUCCUCGAGGGAUGGGACAGUGUCGACAAAACUCAUCCGUUAACUCCUUUUUGGAAAAAGAUCCGCUACCUCGACGAAAUUGGCUUCAUGGGUUGCAGUACCGUCGAGAGAUUUGGCAUCCUCUGGAUCGUUCAUCUCCUGAUACCAACCCAGCACGACGCCGUGCCAGUGAAUCCUACCGUCUUGCCAAAGUGGUACAGGAAGCCGUCGUCAAAUCAUCCUCGCUACGUGCCAGGCGUCGAGUAUCUCCCUUGGCCGGGUGUACGUGAAAGCCUCAAUCAAUCACACCACCGAUACUGCCAAAACUUGUUUUGGAACCUCUUUAAAGAACACGUACGCAUCAUUUGGCCGUUUGACUUUCGCGAUUGCUACACGCAGAAUGUACAGCAAGGCCGCUACCAUAUAUCAAGCGCCUUUGAGCAGACAAUUCGCAACAGCAGGUCUUGGACGAUGGAACGGGACUUUUUCGGAUAUUUCCCAGAGCUGCAUCACGAGAUACCCAUCUUCUUAGACAUAAUCCCGCCGCCGCCGCGCAUGGGCGCUUGGGAACCCGACACGGCAUCUACGCACGCGGCUGGUCGAACGACUAAUGAUCUGGAGGCCGCAUCAUACGUGAACAUUGAGGACCAACUAUUCGGGUUCCCUUUAUACGGACCUCCAAGACCAACUGGCUGGAAUGUCAACGACUACGACCAGGCUGCAGGUUAUCGGAUUUCUUAUGAUGAUUUGGACGCCAUUGGAGGAGGCAGCUCCCACACGGUGUUGUAAUUCGAUCUAAUCUGGGUCUACGUCAAUACGAUUAAGUCGGUUCCGGGGAGGAGGUCACGUAACAUUUGACAGAGGUUUUAACAGUAGAAGCAUCGCUGAAGAACUCUUGAUGUAAGAUAUAGAGCAAUAGGAUAACAAGAGCCAUCGUCACGUACCGCA